GGAUGUGGACGGAACGACCGUUGAUUGGAAAAUGUAUCUGCAUCGUCAUUAACGCCAUCUUUAGCGCAGUAUCACGAGCCCGUUGAAAAGCGCAGUCUUACUCACUGCGACAAAUUAAACUGCUUUUCUGAGCAUAACUUUACUGUCAGGGUAAAGAAAGACGAAUAAAAAUAGAACAUCUAACGUUAAGUGGUGGCUUAAUGCUAAGCUAGAAUUAGCCCAAUGUGCUGACUGUCGCUUCACCUGCUCUCAUCCUCUCACCCCGGUUAUCUACGCUCUAGUGCCGGUAUGGGCGACGCUCUUCUGCCGCUGCUUGUCGUGGUACUGUCGGCGUGGUCGGGUGUCGGAGACCUCGCGGGAUCCGCUCAUGUCGACGGAGCACCCCCUACCAAAAUAGCGGUGGUCGGGGCGGGGAUAGGAGGCAGUGCCACAGCCCAUUUCCUGAGGCAGCACUUCGGCCCUGAGGUCCAGCUUGACGUGUUUGAGAAGGGGGAGGUCGGAGGCCGUCUUGCCACCGUAACCGUUAAUCACAAUGACUACGAGUCUGGAGGUUCCAUCAUUCACUCCCUCAACCUCCACAUGCAGGAGUUUGUCAAACAGCUAGGUUUAAAGUACCGACGCAGCGUGGCGGGAAAGACCGCAGUGUUUAAUGGCGAGGAGGUGAUUCUAGAAGAGACGGACUGGUACCUGCUGGACCUGUUCAGGCUGUGGUGGCGCUACGGCAUCAGCUUCAUACGCCUUCAGAUGUGGGUGGAGGAAAUUAUGGAGAAAUUCAUGAGGAUCUACAAAUACCAGGCCCACGGCUAUGCCUUCAGCUCGGUGGAGGAACUAUUGGACUCUCUUGGGGGUAGUGGCUUCAUCAACAUGACCCAGAGGCCACUCUCUGAUUCACUGCUGGAGCUGGGCGUUUCACAGCGUUUCAUCGAUGAGGUCAUCGAGCCAGUCAUGAGGGUCAACUACGGACAGAACGUUAGCAUCCCAGCCUUUGUAGGUGCUGUGUCGUUAGCUGGUGUCCAGAACAACCUGUGGGCGGUGGAAGGAGGCAACAAGCUUGUCUGUUCUGGUCUGCUGAAAAUGGCGAAUGCUAACCUGCUGCAAGCACAAGUCAGCUCCAUCUCGCCUGUAUACUCAGGGGAGAUGCCCCAGUACCAUCUGACCUUCACCACUGCAGCAGAGACGGCAUCGGAUCUGUAUGACAUCGUAGUGGUGGCGACGCCUCUCCAGGCCAGUGUAAAGUCUGGGGUCCGGUUCCAAGGUUUCACUCCUCCCUUUGAGGAGCUCCCCGGCAACUAUCACAGCACUGUAGCAACCAUUGUCCAUGGUUACCUGAACACCUCUUUCUUUGGCUUCCCGGACCCUCGCCUUUUUCCCUUUGCCAGCGUACUGACAACCGAGACGCUCGAUCUGUUUUUCAACAGCGUAGCAAGUGUUUGUCCGGUCAACAUUUCGACUGGCUUCCGGCGGAAGCAGCCGCAAGAGGCUGGAGUCUAUAAAGUGUUCUCACCACAGCCUCUGGACAAGGCUCAGCUCAAAACGCUGUUCAGGUCGUACUACUCCGUGCAGGUGACGGAGUGGCAGGCCUACCCGUGUUACGGCAGCAACCAGGGACUGUCGGCUGUGGAGCUCCACCCAAAUCUCUACUACCUCAAUGGCAUAGAGUUAGCCGGCAGCGCGAUGGAGAUGAGCUCGGUAGCGGCCAAGAACAUCGCCCUGUUGGCUUACCACCGCUGGAACAGACAGACAGACAUGGUGGACCAGAAAGAUCUGAUGCACAGGAUCAAGACUGAACUAUGACCUGGUCGAGUGAAACCCUCACAGCAUCACUGAGGUGAUGUCCGUAGUAAGGUGCAAAGUUUUACUGUUUUGACGGAAGUCACUAGUGGCUAAGUAUCUUGUGACUCAUCCAAGCAAUUGAACCCAGAUUUAAUAAACUUAAUGAGUAAUUUGUUGAACGUAAUCUUAACUUGCCUUCACCUAAAGAAACUGAAACAUGCAAAAGAAAAACCAGUAGGUAUCAAAGUCAAGUUGAGACUGAAACUUACACCACUAAAGAAAACUGUGGUCCUGCCCUAAUUUCAAAGAACAGUUUGAUUUCACUGAUUGCUUCAUUUCUUACGCCAGAGACAUUGCAGGUAGAGGACGUUUUAUUUAGUACUGGGGAAUAAUUGCUAAUGUUAGUUAGAGGAUUCAUCCAAAAAUUCACCUGCAGGAAACUUCCCAAAGGAAACCAAGAGACUUUGGAAAACACCAGCUAAUAUCUCUGUCGGAAGGGAAUGGACUCCCCGUCUUAAUGAGUUUCCGUUGUUGUGAAUGUGACCACCAGUUUUGCUUUGUUGUAAAUAGAAAACGCCCUGAAUCUCAAGAUUGAGAGCUGAGACUCUUAUAAAAUGGCUGAUUUUGUCUACAGUGGAACAACUGUGAUAUAUAAGAUAGGUCUGGGGUUUACACAUAUAAACCAGCCCUUUGUCAUAUAAUCAAAAACAAUUGGGUCUUGUUGCCACUGUCUAUACAUUUAAAUAUAUUAAUUGAUUUCUGUAGGAUUUGUGUAAAUUCAAUAGUUAUUUAGUGAGUCAUAGCAGUGGCCUUUGCUCUAGUGCCCCCCUUUCAUCAGACUAUUCUAUUAUGGUCAUUUCCUGCUGAUUUUGUUGCAUAAUCCAGUGGAAAGAAUUUUCUUUCGGGGAACAGAGCCAACAAGCUUUCACGCUGGACCAAAUGAAAGCGGAGCACAGAUCUGUGGCGCUGCUGGAGAUAACAAAGACCCUUUUUGCUCAAGCCAUGAGGCUUAAUUGAGAUGCUUUAUUUAAUAAGCGCUGUAAACUUGAAAAGCACAUAUGAAGAGAGAGUUGGACAUUCGCAUUCAGAAAUGGAAAGUGCCUAAAAAGACAGCGUGAUAUGAAAACCCUGAUUGUUGAUUACCUUCCUACGACUGAGAAAUGCCUUGUUCUGUUCAUUUAGAAUUAAAAAACAGUGGAUGUGGACUGAUGUGCAUUUCUGGACUCGGGAAACCGAAUGGAACCUUUGUCACUGAAAUCCUUGACUGCAAAGGGCUUUAGUCGACAGAUAAUGUGAUUGUGUCAUGUGAUGAGAGAAUACCAUAACCCUUUUAAUUUGAUGGAAUAGUCCAUUAGAAAUGAAGACUAAUGAUCGUUUUAUUUCACAAGCUUUUGUGCAGAGUAAAAUAUCUGUUGCAAUACUACCUUUUAUGAUAUAUAUGAAUUUAUGAUAUAUAACUUUUAGGACACAAUGAAUAUUACAAAACCAUCUUGUAGCACAAUCUCAUUCAAAGUUCACUUCACAGGUGUUUGCGGAGCUUUCAACAUCACCUCGGACUCAAACUUCAUCCACUAUUGAAGGAUAGUGAGAUGUGAUGGAAAGUUGAGACAAAGUGAGUAGACAGACCUUGAGUCAAGAUUAUUAGGUCAAACGGAUCAGUAUGACUGUUCACAUCUAAUCUCUGCUGCUUUACAAGUGUAACUUCCUGCUAAGGACAGCAUGUAUCAACACAUUUCAUCUGCUCGAUGAAACAAACAUUGCAACUGUCAAUAAUUAAUGAAGUGCACUACUUUGACUGUUGAUGAAAUGAAAGUAUUAGAUUGCUAUCUGAAAACACACACUAUAUUUACAAUUAGAAGAUUUAGAACUAACUGAGCACUUUAUUACUUUAAUUUAUUCUGUAAUGGGAACAAGGAAGAAAGCUUUCAAUCUUUAUUCCCUGUGAUUAAAGUAGUAGCCCUGUAUUUCAAGUCACUGUCCUUUAGUCCGUUUCCUUCCCUGGAUGGUUAACGAUUUAAAGACUUCAAAAUGUUGAUUCUGUAUUUUUCAGGGAACCUCAAUUGUUUUAAAUUUAGCGGUUCCAGGACUAUUUAGUGUUGUGUGUUCAUAAUCAAGAAUGUAAAACUUUCAAGGAAGUAGAAGGCAUGUACAGGCCAGCAAACAAAGCCUUUUGUGUUCUCCACAAUAGUUUAUUAAAUAUAGGGUUGUGUAUAA